CUCAGCCACAUUUUCACAGACGGAGCCUCUUUCAGUGUGCUUACACUUUCUAUUUACAUUUUCUGACGAAACACAGAGCUGCCCGGCGCAACAGCGAUUUGUAAGCACCACGAAGAAGCAGAAAACUGCAGCGCCAAACAAACGUCGCUGUAAAUGAGCCCAGACGGUGGUGAGCUGAGAUUCACCAAGGGAACGAGUUAAGUUAAAUACGCUGACAAUAAACGCCAGAAGACACCUUAGCAACAACAAUUAAAACCUUAUAAUUGGUUGUUGAGGCUCAAGUGUUCAGUCGAGGCGACGGUUCAACUUUGAGGAGGCUCUGCAGUGGACAUCGCUCACGAGUAAUGAUGAAGGCGAGAGGAAGCAGUGCAGACUCAAGGUGAUGCUGCUGUAACACAUUCAACAGCAUUCGGCGGAGUCAGCACGUUAUGGCACAUCUAUGGACUGCGGUGCUGGAUGUGGGCAAAAUUUGAAGAGCACGGCGGUUUAUGGCAGUGCCUUUUAAGGGCGCAUCUCGAUCAGUGAAGCCUACCAAGUACUACUAACUCUCUUGGAUUUUACCCAAAGGGAGGCUGAUGAAAACCCAUGUGGUUUAGACAUUUCCUUCCCGGAUGUGGAUCUUAGACUUAUUUUGCGCGUCCAGCAAAAUAUAUCAGCGGUGUUAGAUUUAUCCCUUUUUUCUUACAUAUUUUGUAGAAGAUUUGUUCUCUUCCAGCCCCCCUCCCCCCUUUUUUGCACCUGCUUUGCUUUGUCAAAGCUCACCGAGCGCUUUAGAGCGCGCUGCUCUUACUUGCAUCUCCGUACAUCGUGCAUGGAUUCUACAUGAACUGGGGUUUUGUGAGGGCUGCAGUGAUGCUCCCAUUUACUGAUUUCGCCUCACAGCAUGCGUUUCCUGACAGAAAUGGACUGCCUGUAAAUGUUUGGGGAGAGAAAAUCAGCAGGCAUUAAAUUAUGAAUGUUGAACAAGAUGACCUCUUUCCAUCAGCGCCAGAUGUUGAGAGGUCCUAGAUGGAAAGGGGCUUGGUUUGACCCCUUGUUUCUCCUGCUUUUAGCCCUGCAGUUGCUUGUUGUCGCUGGACUGGUGCGAGCCCAAACCUGUCCAUCCGUAUGUUCCUGCAGUAAUCAGUUUAGCAAGGUCAUCUGCACACGCAGAGGGCUAAAAGAUGUCCCUGAUGGCGUUUCCACUAACACACGCUAUCUAAACCUCCAGGACAAUCAAAUCCAGGUCAUCAAAGUGGACAGUUUCAAGCAUCUACGGCACCUUGAGAUCCUGCAGCUUAGCAGAAACCACAUCCGCAACAUUGAGAUUGGCGCCUUUAAUGGGCUGACCAGCCUUAACACACUGGAGCUAUUUGACAAUCGUCUUACGACCAUCCCCAAUGGCGCCUUUGAGUACCUAUCAAAACUAAAAGAGCUGUGGCUUAGGAAUAACCCUAUCGAGAGCAUACCGUCUGAUGCCUUCAGUCGCUUGCCCUCCCUUCGCCGGCUGGACUUGGGGGAGCUAAAGCGUCUCUCCUACAUCUCGAGUGGGGCAUUUCAGGGCUUGAGUAACCUUCGCUACCUGAAUCUGGGCAUGUGUAACCUCAAAGAGGUCCCAAACAUUCAGCCCUUAAUUCGCCUGGAUGAGCUGGAGAUGUCCGGGAACCAACUCACUGUCAUCCAGCCCAGCUCUUUUAAGGGUCUUGUUCAUCUCCAGAAGCUGUGGAUGAUGCACGCCCAAGUCCAAACCAUAGAGCGCAACUCUUUUGACGACCUGCACUCUUUGCGAGAACUCAACCUGGCUCAUAACAACCUUACCUUUUUACCCCAUGAUCUCUACACGCCUUUGCACCACCUGCAAAGAGUGCACUUGCAUCACAAUCCCUGGAACUGCAACUGUGAUAUUCUUUGGCUGAGCUGGUGGCUGAGAGAGACCGUACCAACCAACACCAGCUGCUGCGCUCGCUGUAAUUCCCCUCCCAGCCUCAAGGGGCGCUACAUCGGCGAGCUAGACCAGAGCUACUUUCAGUGCUACGCACCUGUUAUCAUCGAGCCACCUGUCGACCUCAAUUUGACUGAAGGAAUGGCAGCAGAGCUCAAAUGCCGGACGAAUUCAGUGACUUCAGUCAGCUGGCUAACACCAAAUGGCUCCAUCAUAACACAUGGGGCACUCAAGAUGCGCAUCACCGUCCAAAAUGACGGAACACUAAACUUCACCAACGUUACUCUUCAGGACACAGGAACCUACACUUGCUAUGUAAGCAACAUGCUAGGCAACACUUCGGCCUCGGCAGUCCUCAAUGUGACGUCAAUUGACAACAGCGGCUUUAGUUACUUCACAACAGUCACCGUAGAGACAAUUGAAACCCCAAUCGAUGGGGAGAGCAGGACACCCGUCCAGCCUUCUUUUGGCUGGGCUUCCUCCUCGACCACAAGGGGAACGCCGAUUGCCACAGAGAGAGCGUACACCAUCCCUGUGACGGAAAUAGACAUUGAUGGUGCUCUCAACGGUUUGGAGGAGGUGAUGAAGACCACCAAGAUCAUCAUCGGCUGCUUUGUGGCCAUCACGCUCAUGGCGGCCGUCAUGCUCAUAAUAUUUUACAAGAUGCGCAAGCAGCACCACCAGCAGGAUCACGACGGGCCGAGUCGCAGCAUGGAGAUCAUCAGCGUACACGAGGACCUGACCAGGGUUCCUGCCAUGGAGAGUCAUCUGACUCUUCCACCCCUGGAGCAUGACCAUUACAACCACUAUAACUCCUACAAAACUGCGUAUAACCACGUGUCUGCUCUCAGCUCGCUGCAUAGUUCUGUGCAUGAACCUUUACUAAUCCAAGCCAGCUCAAAGGAUAACGUACAGGAGACGCAAAUUUGACAACGUUGGGUGAAACGAACUCUACUAAUGCUGUUUCAGUUUUGAAGAUGACAGUGUGGAUUAAGACAUUCAGCAGCAUCAUUAAGAGCCAGGGUGUAUGUAUCAUUAUUUUAACAAGUGUCUUUACAAAUCUUAUUUAUUUAAAGAUAUGUGAAGUGACUGAGUCAUGAAAUCAUGAGAAAGAUUAUCUCUUUUUUAUUUCUAAACUGAUUAAUGAAUGGGUUAUUUCCAUCUGCUGGUAUAGAAUCAAGUCCAACUGCCAUUCUUAUCAAUGAGAUUUUAUUUUUAGUCGUGGCACAUUACAUCCAUUGCUCCAGUGUGUUUUCAAUUUUGGAGACUGCAAACAAAACCUGGCCCCCGAAAACAGCAGGCGUUAAAUCACAUGGAGCUCUUAAGAUGUGAAUGGUGGGCCUGAUGGAUACGGCAACUCUAGAGAGGUGUAUAAAUGGUUACAUUUCCCCAUGAAAAAUCCUGUUAGUGAACAAAAAAGGAAAAGCUUUCAUUGUCAGGGCCCGGAUUAUUCUCCAAAUGCAGCUUGUGGGGAAGGAAAUAUUCCCUGUAUUUAUAGAAGCGACUGUUCUGAACACACGACUUCAAUUCAGAAAAUUGGUUUGCAUAAUUGCCUUGAAUUACGGUUCUCGAGUCAAGUUAUUAUCGAAAAUACUCUACGGCAUUUCGGCAUUCAGCAUUAUUUGCGAAAUCUGUAAAUCUAUUUAUAGCUGUAAAUGUCAACAUAUUAGAUGGAUUUUAUACAUCAGUGAGCAUCAAGGUAGUACAAUUACAGUCGCGGUGCCACAUGUGUGGGAUGUAACUGGGGUUUUUUCAUGACAUGCAAGAUACUGUAUGAAAUAACCCAGAAUGGCUGAGGGAAUAUGAUUUCUAAGAUUGCGCAUUGUGCGGGUGUCUGACAAAAAUGACUAUGAGGAAAUGAAUAAUGAAAUAAAAAAUAGCCUGCUAAUGUCACCAUGGAAACCAGUGACCUAGUGGAAAACACACCAAGCAAAAUCAGAGUGCUACCCAGUGCUUAAAACACGCAAUGUUUUUUUUUGUUGUUUUUUUUUUUUUUUGAGAGAGAGAUCUGCAUUUGUUUUUCCAAUUGAAGUGAUUUGUAAACCACAGGUUCUUGCUGUGAACGUGCGCUUUUGUAUGUCUGAGUCUUAUCUACCGCAUAAUAUCAGUAAUUAUUUUACCAGUCAUUGAGUGUUUUUUUGAUUCUGUUGUGCAUUUCUGGAAUGGUUUAUUGGACCGGCAACUGCAUACCUCACCUAACAUGAUGAUGAUGAUGAUGAUGAAUGUGCGUCCAUGUGUGUGAAGCAUUGUGUGUUUCUAUAUGUUUAUAUGCUCCAGCAGGAAACUCUGUUUUUCACCCGGCUUGUGUAUUGCUUUCUCAAACUGUUUCUCAGAGUUGAUAAAACCUGAUGUGUGAUGUCUCUCUCUCUCUCUCCUCCCUGUUUUAAUCAUUUUGGACAGCAUGAUAAGAAGAAGUGAUACUGGUCUCACCAGUCAACUGCUGAAGUAAACCUAAUAGGUUCAUAUGUCAAAGGCAUCAGAAAGGUACACGAAGAAUAUACCUCUAAUUCAUCACACGUGCUGACAAGUUUCAUUUGAAAUAGAUGUGUUUGCCAGCAGGGAAUUCAUCAAACAGCAUUUUGUACGUAAGCUUGUAAUCUUACAUUUUCGCAUUGAAUUAACCGAGUCGUCUACUGAAUGUGACAAGUUUCAAAUCAAAGUCGAUCUCAUAUGAUUAUUUUUUACAUUUAAUUCUAUGACCCCUUUUAUGUUCGCCUCAUUCAUAUAUGGAAGAUGAAUUAUAACCUUAUGUUAAGCAUUUCAUAAAUGAUGAACUGUUGCUUCCCAGCAUAUGUGUUUUUUAUUAAUUAUUUUUUGUAUGCAAUUAAAAAAAGAAUCCUGCCCUUUUUAUUGUACAUAUUAGGUGGGAUAAAUUGGGACGCUAGAAGAAAAUAAACAGCAUUGGGCUGUUGAAAAAAAAAAGAAUCAUGAAAAUGUCUCUGUUUUCAGAGGAGGGUCUGUACAUGAAUGCUAUAGCUUGAUCCAAUCUGCUUCAGUGUUCCUGAGCACUACACCGGUUACAGAGGCUACUAUGGCUAGAUCAUUGAAUCCUAGAAAAUCAGUGUUGGACUAAGCAGAUUCUCGUUUCUUUUCUUCUCGUGAUUUGUUUGUUACUGGUAACUCAUUUUAGAUUUCUAUGCUGAACUGAAGUGAUUUUUUGGCAAGAGAAUGUCUCUUUAUUGACAUGUUUCUACAAGAACUGUUACUGAAAAUAACCAAUAAUAUUUCUGUCAAACUACAUAUUUGCUGAUCAGUUCAUAAUGCUAUGGGGAUACAGCUAACUAAGCGUUAACCAUGAAAAAAAAAUACCAGAGAUUGUAGUUCAUACGGUACAUGCUGUAAAU